CUUAUGCAGAAGCAGAAUUUCUGCCUUCUACCAACAAGAUCCUCAUCUUUCUCUGUCUCCACAUGCAUACAAGCCCUGGAACAGAUAUGCAAAGCAAUUCAAAUCUACCUUCGGAGCUGGGAAAAGAGCUCCUACCCACGUAUCAGUGUCCAGCAAUUCUCCAUCUACCUUCUUCCACUUUAUGCCUGUAUCACUCGCACCUGGUUACCUGGAAGUCACUCCCAGGUCAGGCUAGCAGUUCUGAAGGCCUUAAGCCCCAUGCUGAGCAUCCUGCUUCCCAGGACAGAAUUCCAGGCUCAGAUCUAUGAUGACAUCAUUUUGCUCUCAUUGCAGUAUGAGAGCAGCAGCACUGAAGCUUUUUAUAUCUCUAAGAUCCUGGGCCAGAUCCUGGAAGCUUCUCUAGUGAACAAAAACCCAAUCCCAAACAUGUAUGUGGGACCCCUUGCACAGAAUCUGAUCCUGCAGAUCUGCAGCAAAGGGCAGAAGCAGCACCUCCAAUGGCAGAGCCACAACUCUACCGAAAUCACACAGCUCUUCUUAAAACUGGCACGUUUACAUCCUUCUGAGCUGCUGGGGUUUUUCCUGAGGAAGCUGGAAGAAAGCCAAGAAGAUGUGCGUGUGGUGGUGCUGUUGCUGCUGUCUGAAAUAGUUGGUGCCCAAUGUAAGGACUGGGAGAGGAAGGUGGUUGGGCUCAGUAUGUUAAAGCAGUGUGCCUUCUUCAGACUUUGAAACGAACCCUGAGCAGUUACGUUCACACCAUAUACUUAACCUAAAUUAACCAAUUUUCUGGACU